AUGGCUUGGCCAACUCCCUACUGUCUCUGUCUUCUGGGGACCUUGGUAGGGCUCUCAGCUACCCCAGUUCCCAAGAGCUGUCCAGACAGACAUUACUGGACUCGGGGAGGACUGUGCUGCCAGCUGUGUGAGCCAGGUACUUUCUUUGUAAGUGACUGUAGCCAGAACAGAACAGCUGCCCUGUGUGACCGGUGUACACUGGGUGUCUCCUUCUCUCCAGACUACCACGCCCGGCCCCACUGUGAAAGCUGUAGGCACUGUAACUCUGGUCUAUUCAUCCGAAACUGCACAAUCACCACCAAUGCUGAGUGUGCCUGCUCCAAGGGCUGGCAGUGCAGGGACCAGGAAUGUACAGAGUGUGAUCCUACUCUAAGCCCUGCACGGACUGUACAGCCAUCUGUGGCCCCAGGCCCACACCCACAACCCACCCACUUACCUUAUGCCCAAGGUAUGACGGUCUGGCCUGGACACACCAGGCAGUUUCCUGCCUCAACUCUCUAUAACCGCUGGCCAUCCCCAAGACCCCUGUGCAGUUCCGACUGUAUCCGAAUCUUUGUGACCUUCUCCGGCAUGUUUCUUGUCUUCAUCCUGUGUGGAAUCUUGUUCUUCCAUCAAAGAAGAAAUCGUGGAUCAAAUGAAGAUAGCCAGGCAGAGCCUGAAGAGCCUUGUUCUUACAGCUGCCCCAGGGAAGAGGAGGGCAGUGCCAUCCCCAUCCAAGAAGACUACAGGAAACCUGAGCCUACUUCCUACCCUUGAGCCAGCACGGGGGUGGGGCUUUCCACUGAGGCACCACCCAGGGGGAUGCCCCUACCAUCCUCAUCAGAACCCUUUCCUGUGUACACUUGACAAACCGCCCUUCUGAGACUGACAGUGACAACAACAGGAUCCCCAAAGUGUUUGAUCCAGCAAGCUUGGGGAGGCCCAGGCUCUGGCUAUAAAACACACUUAUUAUAAAUGAAACCCGAUAGCUGGCAAAAUUACAUGCUGAUAAGGCCAGCCAAGGACUGGAGAGAUGAUUCAGCAGUGAGAAACAAACAUUGUUCUGUCGGAGGACCAGAGUUUGAUUCUCAGUGGCUCAAAACCACCUGUAACUCUAGUUUCAGGGGAUCCAACACCUUUGACCUCCUCUGGCACCAACAAACGCAGAACGUAGACUCACAUAGACACACACACACAUGGAUUGAAAAUAAAAUUAAAAAAAUAUUGAAUGGGCCACCAGCAGAAACCCUAGUCCCACAUGCCACGAGAGCCACAAUCUACAGACACACAUACUUCCCGCUUUGGUCUCAUGAUGCUGCUGUGAGCAAAGUAGAGAGCAAGGCUUUCUCUCGGUUUAAGUUAAAACUGUAAAUAAAUUCAUUUUUCGAGUUCUAUAUGCACUGUCCUUUUUUCUCAGUGUGAACCCAGAGCCAGGCCUUAUGGCCCAGGGACUCCAGUAAUAGCUGUAAAAGCUCUACAAGCUAGUUCCUG